GACAUGUCUACUGGAUUACAGCUUCUUGGAACCACACUAGGAAUUCUUGGCUGGCUGGGCAUCAUCAUAUCGUGUGCGAUUCCUCUAUGGCGUGUGACUGCUUUUAUUGGAAACAACAUUGUGACAGCGCAGAUCAUGUGGGAGGGACUAUGGAUGAACUGUGUGGUUCAGAGCACUGGUCAAAUGCAGUGUAAAGUGUACGACUCCAUGCUAGCUCUUCCUCAAGACCUACAAGCCUCUCGAGCUAUCCUUAUUAUUGCUUCCCUUGUUGGUCUAGUAGGCAUAUUUGCCAGUUUUGCAGGUGGUAAAUGUACUAACUGCUUGGCAGACGGUUUCGCAAAGGCUCGGGUUGCUGCAGUAGGAGGGGCUGCCUUUGUCACUGCAGGAGUCUUGGCUUUGGUGCCAUCUAGUUGGACUGCCCAUAGGGUCAUUGGAGACUUCUACAAUCCUCUAGUGGCCCAAGCUCAGAAGAGGGAGUUGGGAGCAGCCAUCUUUAUCUGCUGGGGGGCAGCGGUUCUCAUGCUGGUUGGUGGAGGCCUUCUCUGCAGUUCUUGCCCGAAAGGAAGGCCGUCUGGUGGGGGACGGUAUUUGCCGGCUUCUCAAAAUGGAAGGGAGCGCUUGGAGUAUGUGUGACUGCAGGAUGUUUGACUUCUGAAAACUGAUGUCUGUUUUCCCCUCCUUUUAAACGUCUGUUCGUGUGACCUCCUGUAAACUAUGAGUUUUAACCUGUUGCUCAAUUAUUUUCUAUUGAUCUAAUAAAAUGGAAGUUUUUAUCCAA